CUCCGAUACAAUUGCCGGCGUACGGGAUGUUAUUCAGCUUGAUUCUGGAGUCGAAAACGUUAAAAAACCUUCUAAAAUGGACUUCGGGUCGGGAAAGCUGGAUGGUAUCCUGUCCUUUUGGCCUUUGCUGGAGGAAGCUGCGGCGUGGUUGCGGGGCUGGUGCCCGUGAGCAGUGCUGCACGUGCGGGAGGUUUAGGAGCUACGGAGGAUGAUUGUGGCGAGGUGUAGGUGAAGUAAGGUGUUUUUUUUUGAAUGUCCGAGUUUCUCUUAGCUAUGGUUUAGUGCAGUUAAAAGUCAAGCUUUCUUCUGCUUGCCUUUUUUUCCUUCCUUUUUCUCUCCCACCGGUCUGAUCGAUUAAUUGUUAGAUAGCGCGAUCUCUCUAUUAACUCCAUCUCUCGCAACAGGAUCUAAAAUUCAACAAAUUGACUCUACAACUUUCAGGCUAUCUUGUCCAGGAGGCUACCAGGAGCUGUUGCUCCAUUUUUCUGGAUCUUUGUUAGACCGUACGUAACGCCUGGCUCGCAUGCUAUGAUGGAUUUUUUAACUUGAAGAGGGUAUGAAAUUUGUCUCAGAACUGCCAUUUUUCUGCUACUUUAACAGCUCGCCUUGUCCCCUCCUAAACGUAGAUUCUUGAUUUGAAUUAUUUUACUUGCUAGUCGAAGUGCUUUUAAGUUUAACUUACUUUGUUUACAGUUGCUUCAUGAGAUCUUUUUUCCUAGGUUUACUACAGGUACUUUGGUUCUUAGCGCGUAUAGUUAUUGUUAUGCCUGCUCUACAGUUUAGUUCUAACCGGUAGGUUUUUUGUUGCUAUUUAUUAAGCUUUUUUCCUUCUUUUCCAUUGCCAUUGCUAUCUCGCCACUGCCAUUGCUGACUUCGCGGCCAUACCUUCGCAGGUGGUUCGCGCAUUUUUUGAAACUUAGUAUGCGUGGUCAAGAUAUAGCUCAUGAAUAGCUCCAGCUGCACUCUUAAAGUUCUGGAACGCCGCCCCGCAGCCAAGCCAAGCCA